UGUCAUUUACAGCUUCUAAACAGAAAGCAUGUGGUUUGUUGGAUGAUGCAGUUUCCCAGGGCUGAAGGCGGUGUAAGUUUAUUUAAUGCUUCCUGCUUCACAGAGAGUCGCGAUGAUAUCUAGAAUGUCGGUGCUUCUCUACAUCUGGAUGGCAACCUGCGCCUUGGUGUUCGGUCACGGAGCUCUUCCGCCAACACUUGAACAACUUUAUCUGCACCGGCCAGAUGGAGGAACAUGUGAAGUAAUAGCUGCACACAGAUGCUGCAACAAGAAUCGCAUUGAAGAACGAUCACAGACUGUAAAGUGCUCCUGUCUGCCUGGGAAAGUGGCUGGGACUACCAGAGCCAGACCAUCUUGUGUUGAUGCUUCCAUUGUUAUUGGGAAGUGGUGGUGUGAGAUGGACCCUUGUGUAGAAGGAGAGGAAUGCAAAACAUUACCAGAUAAUUCAGGAUGGAUGUGUGCUUCUGGUAAUAGGGUCAAGACCACAAAGAUCCAUCCACGAACCUAAAAUCUGGACUCCACACUAUGCUCAAAGAUCCUAGAUGGAAGACAGCCAUUAUGAAGGACAGUAAGUUGAACCACUGAAGUCACAUCAGAAUUUACUAUGUAAAAGUGAAAUUCUACCAGAAGCAUUCCUGGGCCACCUGACCUGAACACGGUACUUGCACAAUGACUGCUCUUCUUUCUUACUGAUGAUGGUGCAUAGACAAUGUAAACUCAGUCUUUAUUCAGUGAGUUACAACAACAUCAAAUACUCAAUAAUCUUGGGUGUUGACCUUUUACACUGGAAUUCUUCAACACGAUGCAACUUUUACAUCCUUCGUUGACGCUCUCCCUUUGAUCUGGCACUGUCCACCCAAAGAAGCAAGUUGCCAUGGAGU